AUGACGUCUCCUGGAGAAGAUUUUGACUGGGCAGAUGAUGAUGUUAGAGAGUUCGACAUUCCUCAGUCCGAUACUAAAAGACUCUCAAAUAUCGAAGAAGAGCCAGAACCUAAAGAAACCCAACCAAAAAAUAUAUCCCCGAAAAAAGAAAAUCACAGAUCAAGGAAAAACAAUCACAAACCUAAGAAACUCGAGAAAGUGUGGCUGCCACCGGAUGAAUUGAUAAAAGAAUUGAAAUCAAGGAAGAGUAUUCCCGAGGCCGAGAAAAGUCAGUUGAAAAAUGUGCUCAGCCGGGCUGCUCGCUGGAAUAUGUUCGCCAGAACUAGAAAACUUCUCUGGCCUGAUGAAGACGAAGAACUGAAAAAAGUUGCAGAGAAAAUCUUCGUCACCGAAGGAGAACUAGGAAAAUGUCAGGAGAUCUCAGACACCCUUAUUUCUUAUUUGAAAUUGAUCUCAAUCGACAUCAAUGGAAGAAACAACGAUGUCAAUAAGAUUUAA